ACUUGCAUUUCUUUUCCUGCAAAACUUCUGCGGAAAGCUUUACUAUGUGUUUCCUGCGCGUGAACUGCGGCAUCAUUUGGGGAUUUCAACAUCAAGCUUUCGAAACCGAAAUCAGGUAAUAUAUACGAACCCUUGAUUUUGGUUUGAUCGAAGUGCCAUUCUCCUUUCUCCCUUUCUGUGGUUGAUUUAGAGUCCUUUGAAGGGAGUUAGGGUUAUAAAUGAGAAUGAUUUUGAAUAUGCGAGAGAGGGGUUUUUUUUUUUUUUUUUUUUUUUUUAAAGGGGUCCUAACUUCAUUCCUCCCCCCUACUUCGUGCAGAGAUUGAGAAAAUGUCGUCAGAAGGAACAGUUAGUAUAGUAGGGAGUGAGGUGCUGCCCCUAGACUAUGGGAGCAUGGACUCAGAGAGUAGUCCGUCUCCAUCUAGUUCGGAGAAGACGGUGGAGGGGGUGAGAGGAGAUGAGGUGGUGGAGGUUGGGGGGAAUGAGGUGGUAGAGGUUGGGGGAAAUGAGGUGGUAGGGGUUGGAGGAGAUAGCAUACCCAUUACUGUAGUAGAAGUAGAGGGUAGAGGAGAGAGAGAUUAUGAUGUGAAUGCAGAGAUAGUGGAGGAGGCCAACGGGGGUAGAGGAGAGGGCCUGCUCUGCUCCUCGGGAUCAUUGGAUGCCUGUAUAUUCCCACUAUUUGAUAGCGGGACUCAGGUUUCCACUUCCCGAGCUGCUAGUAGUGCGCAAUGCAUAGAAGCUGCUGAGCUCUAUGGGCCAAGUGCUUUAAGUGAAGCUGAAAUGGAUCAGUUUUUGAAUACUGCUGGAGGAGCGGCCAUCCCCAAGAAGCCAAGGAAGAAGUCAAGGACUACAAGCAAGCAAGUGGAUGAGGGGAGAGUUAGGAAUGAGGUAGUGCCCACCACCGGAGCUGAGGCAGAGGAGGAGGAGGUGCCACAAUUAAAGAGGAAGGGUUGGGAGGAGAGGAGGGCACUACAAAAGAAGAGGAAGGUGGUGGAGGAGGAGAGGGGGAGCAAGGGUCCUGUUCCCCCAACAGCAUUUCAGAGCAGCCUGUUCGAGGUGAAAAACAUGACGGGGGCUAGGUGGUUCAUCAACAGCACUUUCCCCGAAGUGGACAAAUGCAACGCACGGGACGAGGCUCUGAGAUACUGUGGAGCUUCUGUGGUAAAACACGUUUUAGAGAGCGCGAGCUGGGUAAAUGGUCUAGCCCAGGAGUUCAUGGAUAGUGUGAAGGAGCGCUCACUCUUGAUCUCUGAAAGCGAGCGUGAGGCUCAGGCGCAAGAAAUAAAGCUGGUGAAUGAGGCUUUCGCGCAGCUGAAGGAGAAUGUGCAGACCUUGGUGCACAAUGGGAUGAAGGAGCACAUCAGCAACUUCAUCAGCUCCAGCUCGUUUGACAACAUCGUCAACUUAUACCGACUGCCCACUGCCAUCAUUGCAUUCACGGACUGCAGGAAGAAGGUGAAGGCAGAAUAUCCGGAAGUGGACAUUACCAAGAUCACCUUCGGCGAGCAAGAAGAAGGAGUGGAGGAAGACAGUGAAAGCAUGUCAGCAGACUUCCUGGAGGAAGAAGGGGCAGAGGUAGAGGAAGACGAAGUGGAGGCAAGAGUGGAGGGAACCGAAGUGGAUGAGAGGCAACCAGUUCCAGAAGUGGAGAUUCACUCAGUUCCUUCUGACGAUGAGCAGCCUCCUCUGCCAGACGAGCAGCAGCCAACACAGCCACCUCUUCAGGCUGAACAGAAGCCAGUGGCACCACCUCCACCAGCAGAGAAAUAAUUUUGCUUUUUAAUUUUUGUAGAAGCAUUAAAUAAUUUGUAAUACUGUUAUUAUGUUAAAUGAAAAUUCAGUUUUGAAAUUAUGUGUUUGUUUAUGUUUGCUUUAUAUUUUUGUUAUUGUUUAUUAAUAAAAGAAUUGAGAUUAU